GUUCUUUUGCAAAUUGCUACAACACUUCAUUCUCAUCCACACAACUCUCUCAUCAUCGUCAUCACACACAAGACCAGCUAGCCAUGUCAGGUGUUGUAGCAGCAGCUUCCUCAUCCUCAUGCUCUGCCACUUUCUCUUCCUCCUCCAGUCGCUCCAUCAAAAAUUCUCAGCUCCCUCAGUGCUCUAAGCUCAAGUAUCUUCUUAAUCCUUCUUCUCAAUCCCAGAAAACGUCUUUCCAGGGCCUCUCGCUUCGUGAAGCGAAAAGGUUUGCUUCGGAUUCCUUCUUCGUGGUCGAGAACAGCAAGGGUUGCGCCAUUGCUAGAAGAGGACUUGAGAUUGCAGCUAGAACUGCUGGUGCUGCAAAGACGAUUGAGGUCGAGGUCGACAAACCACUUGGUCUCACCUUAGGACAGAAAUCCGGUGGCGGUGUCGUCAUCACUGGUGUGGAAGGUGGCGGGAAUGCAGCUAGAGCAGGGCUGAAAGCGGGGGACCAAGUCCUGUAUACUAGCAGUUUCUUUGGGGAUGAACUGUGGCCAGCUGAUAAGCUUGGAUUUACAAAAACUGCCAUUCAAGCAAAGCCUGAUUCUGUCUACUUUGUUGUCAGCAGAGGUGCUGAUGUAGAUGUUAAAAGACUUCAGAAACGCCCUGCUCCUCCUCGCUUUGGAAGAAAAUUGACUGAUGCUCAAAAGGCUAGAGCUACUCACAUUUGCCUUGAUUGUGGAUACAUAUACACCCUACAGAAACCUUUCGAUGAGCAGCCUGAUACAUACGGAUGCCCCCAGUGCCAGGCACCGAAGAAGAGGUUUGCUCGGUACGACGUGAACACGGGGAAAGCGAUUGGUGGAGUUUUGCCGCCAAUUGGAGUCAUUAUUGGUCUGAUUGCUGGUGUAGGUGCAGUAGGAGCUUUGCUUGUUUAUGGUCUUCAGUGAAGUUCUCUUCUGUCAAUAGCUGCUUUUAUUGGCAAUCCUCCCAAAUCUACUUGUCUCCAUCUUUGAGCUUUCAUCUCAAAAGCAACUUCCAUUUCUGGAUGAAGCAUGAUUCAUUAUGGUAAAUAUGUUCUGCAAAUUGAGUCACUGAA